AUGUCAAUUAAUGGUAAAGUUGUGCUGCACAUGAACAGUAGAAGUUUAAUUCACUAUAAAUACUCCUCGUAUCUCAUUCAUGAGGGGGAUCGAAAAGCAAAUCUUAUCGUUAACGUCAAAAACGCCGAAAACCCGGCUAAAAAAUACCUCAAUACCGUAUUGAACAAAGAACCUGGAAGAAAGGAAGAUGGUCGACCAGAUGGAGGCCCGAAUAUGAAGACAAGGUUUCCGAGAAGUUCCUCUCGAGUUAAGAAACGUAGCCGCAUGUCGCCAAACCGAUUAGAACAAGUGAUGGACGACCACAACCUAGGAGAUCAUCCCCAACUCGGCUCAAGUUGUUUAGAUCAAAAUGAACAUGAAAACGCUGUUUUCGAUAUACACUUGAAUACCAUCUAUCUUAACGACUACGAUCGCGACAUGGCCAUUGAGCGAAGAGUUCAGCAUAACUCUCGCACCCUUGACCAAUUAUAUGAGGACUACCGGCCCGAAGAGCGACGUAUAGUGGCUUGCAGAAGGAGCGGAAAUUGA